GAUUAACAAGGACAAAAAAGAUGUGAGUGUGUGUGUGUGUGUGUUUCUCGAACCCUCCCUUAUCUCACCCGCCUUGGCAACGUUUUCUCUAAACAUAAUCUCGAACCUUCUCGACGCGACAGAAAACUGUAUAUAAGGCGGCGGCUGUGAGGGGGGACUCAGACCAGAAGCCACAGCCGCACGGACAACUUCACUCACUGACCAGUGACUGACCCAGUGCUAAGCAGCAGCCACAUUUUCCCCAGUGGACUUUUGAGAUAUCGCAGUUCGCCAGUACACAUCACGCUACUAUACGAUGUUCAGCAACGGAUUCUUCGCCUUCCACCCGUCCAGCCACGCAUGGGACGAGUUCCCGAUGCUGGGGCGUCGGCCAGGAGACCUCGUGGACAGAUGGAUGGAGAUCCUGGAGCCCUGGAGCACCGGGGCCCUGGUGAGCGACUCAGACUUCCUGUCCAGGCCCUGCACGCGCUGUUGUCCCCACACAUGUCUGCGGGACCGUCCACAGCCCGCCGCUCGUCAGCACUUGAUCGUGAUUCCUCGCCUCCUGAGCCAGCCUUCCCGCAGCGACCAGCAGGAGGAGGGAGCAGAGCAGCAGGGCAAGAAGGAAGAGCCUCAGCAGAAGGGUGACAAGCAGCAGCAGCAGCCCGCCGCUGCCACAGAUGCCGCGGGCGAGGUCUCUGCAGGCAGCGGCAAGGCCCCUGGCGAGUCUCCGUGGCAGUUCAGUGUGGACAUGAGCGGCUGUGACGAGGUGCGGGCCAUGACGGACAAGGGCAUGUUGAUGGUGGAGGGGCGGGGCUCGAGCGACACCUCGCAGCAGAUGGUGCGGUACAUCACCUCGCUGCCCCGCCACGUCAGCCAAGACUCCCUCAGCGCCAGCCUUAACAACGGCCGCCUCACUGUGACCCAGAAGGCCGGGGCGCAGCAGCUGGAGGGACAGGCCAGGACGCUGCCCAUACAGACCCAGACAUCACCGGAACAAAGCGAGCAGGAUCAGUCUGCGUCUUCUGAGGCCAAGAAGCAGGAACAGCCGCGGGAAAGUGAAGAACAACAAAAGUGAGCUUCAAGGAUCAUAAAUAAUGCGAUCUUUGAAACACUUCGUUAGUCUAAGGAAGGCAGCUGCACAGAUACCUUAAUUUAUUAUUGUAAAAAUGGUUGUUAAUGAACUGAUGUAAUAUGAUUUUCCUUUUGUUAAUUACUUCUAAGAAUAAAAUAAAAACUAAUCAUUCA